AAAGACUGUGACAACAUGAGGAAUCCAUGCUUCUCCAAUCCCUGUCAAGGAAAUGCCACUUGUGUAAACAACCCAGGAGAAAGGAGCUUUCUCUGCAAAUGUCCCCCUGGUUUUAGUGGGACAACCUGUGAAACUGCCAUUGUUUACUGCGGCAUAAACCCCUGUCAACACGGAGGUAUUUGCCAUCAGGACCCUGUACAUCCUAUCUGUGUCUGCCCUGAUGGAUAUUUUGGAAGAUUCUGUGAAAACGAUCUUGAUGAGUGUGCUUCCAGCCCCUGCCACAAUGGGGCCAUGUGCCAGGAUGGAAUCAAUGGCUAUUCCUGCUUCUGUGUCCCAGGAUAUCAAGGCAGGCUCUGUGACCUGGAAGUGGAUGAAUGUGUCUCAGAUCCCUGUAAGAAUGAAGCUACAUGCCUCAAUGAGAUAGGAAGAUACACUUGUAUCUGUCCCCGUGAUUAUUCCGGUGUGAACUGUGAAGUGGAAGUUGAUGAAUGUCAGUCCCAGCCCUGCCGAAACGGUGCCACUUGUCAGGAUGCUCUGGGGGCUUAUUUCUGUGACUGCAGCCCUGGAUUCCUAGGUUAUGACUGUGAGCUCAACGCUGAUGAAUGCGCCAGUCAGCCCUGCCUCCAUGGAGGGCUGUGCGUAGAUGGGUACAACAGCUAUAGCUGUAACUGCACGGGUAGUGGAUUCACCGGGACACAUUGUGAGACCCUGAUGCCUCUAUGUUGGUCAGAACCCUGUCAUAAUAAUGCUACAUGUGAAGACAGUGCUGACAAUUACACUUGUCACUGCUGGCCUGGAUACACAGGUGCCCAAUGUGAGACUCACAUCAACGAAUGCAACGGGAACCCUUGCCAAUCUGGUGGGACAUGCAUAGAGCUGUCCCCAGAGAAACCAUAUGGACACCUUGCUCAGCUGCCUUCUUCGUUCAGUCACCCUGAAGCCUCAGGUUAUGUUUGUAUCUGUCCACCUGGACUCACAGGAAUCCACUGUGAAGAAGACAUUGAUGAAUGCUCUUCAAACCCUUGCCAAAAUGGUGGUACUUGUGAGAACUUGUCUGGCCAUUAUACCUGCCGUUGCCCAUUUGAUAACCACUCGGGAACAUUUUAUGGAGGAAAGAACUGUUCUGAUGUUCUUCUGGGCUGUACCCGCCACCAGUGUCUGAAUAAUGGAAUGUGCAUCCCUCACUUCCAAAAUGGCCAGCAUGGAUUCAGCUGCCUAUGUCCCUCCGGCUAUACUGGGCCAUUGUGUGAACUUGUCACCACGCUUUCUUUUGAGGGCAAUGGCUUCCUGUGGAUCACAAGUGGCCCAGCCACGGGCAAGGGCUUGGUUUGUAACAUGGCCCUCAGCUUUCUGACUGUUCAGCCAAUGGCACUUCUACUUUUCCGAGGCAACCGGGCCAUGUUUAUAAUGCUGGAGUUGCGAGGUGGCUACGUUCACUUAUCAAUUCAAGUCAAUAAUCAGUCAAAGGUGCUCCUGUAUAUUUCCCACGACACCAGUGACGGAGCAUGGCAUUCGGUGGAGGUGACAUUUGCAGAGGCUGUGACCCUUACUUUACUUGACAACACUUGUAAGGAGAAAUGCAUCACCCGAGCUCCUUCUCCAUUUGAAAGUCAUCGGUCAAUAUGUGCUUUUCAAAACUCCUUUUUGGGUGGCUUACCAGGAGGAACGACCUCCCAUGGUAUUGCUCUGCUUAACAUCUAUAAUCUACCAUCCACACCUUCGUUUGUAGGCUGUCUCCAAGACGUUAAGAUUGAUUCGAAUCACAUCACUCGGGAGGACAUUUCAUCCAGCUCGUCUUUAAAUGUCAAGGCCGGCUGUGAGAGAAAAGAUUGGUGUGAAAGACAACCUUGUCAAAACAGAGGACGCUGCAUCAACUUGUGGCUUAAUUACCAAUGUGAUUGCUACAGGCCCUACGAAGGCCCGAACUGCCUGAGAGAGUAUGUGGCAGGCAGAUUUGGCCAGGAUGACUCCACUGGAUUUGCUGCUUUUAAUCUUGACAAGAGUUAUGAAGAGAACGUCACCAUCUCUAUGUUUGUUCGAACACAUCGACCGUCAGGCUUACUUCUAGCUUUGGAAAAUAAGACUUACCAAUACAUCCGUGUUUGGCUAGAGCAUGGCCGAUUAGCAAUGCUUCAUCCAGGUUCUUCCAAGUUAGUAGCAAAAUUCGUUCUUAGUGAUGGUAAUGUACACUUGAUAUCUUUGAAAAUCCAGCCAAAUAAAAUUGAGUUAUAUCAGUCUUCACAAAACCUAGGAUUUAUUUCUGCCCCUACACGGAAAAUCCAAAAAGGAGAUGUCAUCUACAUCGGUGGCCUGCCUGAGAGAUCACAGACCGAAGCUAAAGGUGGCUUCUUUAAAGGCUGUAUCCAAGAUAUAAGAUUCAACAACCAAAAUCUGGAAUUCUUCCCAAAUUCAAUAAGCAAUGCAUCUCACAAUCCAAUUCUUGUCAAUGUGACCCAAGGCUGUUCUGGAGACAACAUGUGCAAGUCCAACCCCUGUCACAACGGAGGUGUGUGCUAUUCCCUGUGGGAUGACUUCUCAUGCUCCUGCCCUGCAAACACAGCUGGGAAAGCCUGUGAGCAAGUCCAGUGGUGUGAGCUCAGCCCGUGUCCACCCGGAGCCCAGUGCCAGGGGGUGCCGCGAGGAUUUGAAUGUAUUGCAAAUGCUGUUUUUAAUGCACAAAGCAGUGAAAUAUUAUUCAGAAGCAAUGGGAAUAUUACCAGAGAACUCACCAAUAUCACAUUUGGUUUCAGAACAAGAGAUGCAAAUGUGAUCAUACUGCACGCGAAGAAGGAGCCUGAAUUUCUUAAUAUUAGCAUUCGAGAUUCCAGAUUAUUAUUUCAACUGCAAAGUGGCAACAGUUUUUAUAUGCUGAGUCUGACAAGUUUGCAGUCAGUGAAUGAUGGCAUUUGGCACCAAGUGACUCUUUCCAUGACAGACCCACUGGCCCAGGCCUCCAGGUGGCAAAUGGAAGUGGACAACCAAGCACCUUCUGUGACCAGUGCAGUUGCCACUGGGAGCCUCAACUUUCUUAAGGAUAAUACAGACAUUUAUGUGGGUGACCGAGCUAUUGACAAUACCCAGGGCCUGACAGGGUGUCUAAGUACAAUAGAAAUCAGUGGCAUUUAUCUUUCUUACUUUAAUGUUCAUGGUUUCACUAAUAAACCCCAGGAAGAACAGUUUCUCAAAAUCUCUAUGAAUUCAGUGGUUAGCGGCUGUUUGCAGUUGAAUGCCUGCAACUCCAGCCCCUGUUUGCAUGGAGGAAAUUGUGAAGACAUCUACAGCUCUUAUCACUGCUCGUGUCCCUUGGGAUGGUCAGGGACACACUGUGAACUCAACAUCGAUGAAUGCUUUUCAAACCCCUGUAUCCAUGGCAACUGCUCCGACAGAGUUGCAGCCUAUCACUGCAGGUGUGAGCCUGGAUACACCGGUGUGAACUGUGAAACGGAUAUAGACAAUUGCCAGAAUCACCAGUGUGCAAACGGAGCCACCUGCAUCAGCGACCCCAGCGGCUAUUCUUGCCACUGUUCGGGAAAUUUCACAGGAAAAUUUUGCAGACACUCCAGGUUAUCCUCGACAGUCUGUGGGAACGAGAAGACGAAUCUCACUUGCUACAACGGAGGCAACUGCUCAGAGUUCCAGGGUGAAUUAAAGUGUCUGUGCCGGCCAGGUUUUACUGGGGAGCGGUGCGACGAGGCGGCGGACGAGUGUGCGUCGGCUCCGUGUGCGCACGGCGGCCUGUGCCAGGGCCUGGGCCGCGGGUUCCAGUGCGUGUGCCCCGCGGCCUUCGCGGGCGAGCGCUGCGAGGUGCACUUGGCAGAUGACUUGAUCUCGGACAUUUUCACCACCCUUGGCUCGGUGACGACAGUCUUGGUGUUGAUCCUCUUUCUGGCCGUGGUUGCUUCUGUGGUUGCCUCCAACAAAAGGGCAACUCAGGGAACCUACAGCCCCAGCCGUCAGGAAAAGGAGGGCUCUCGAGUGGAAAUGUGGAGCAUGAGGCCACCCCCCGCCCUGGAGAGGCUGAUUUAG